AUGAAACGAUUGGUCAGAAACGAAUCAUUGAGGACAGAUCAUUUACACUCGGACCUGCCCACGAGCGGCCACAUCAUUAUCGUAUCAUCCCAAGUGGCGGGGACUAUUCCGUUUAAACUCAAUAAUCACGAAUUGGGCCUCCAAAACGAUCAUAAAGAAUCUAACCAAAUAAACGGACAAAAUUAUCGCUCAAUGAAACGAUUGGUCAGAAAACGAAUCAUUGAGAACAGAUCAUUUACACUCGGACCUGCCCCACGAGCAGCCACAUCAUUCUCGUAUCAUCCCAACGGCCACAUCAUUCUCGUAUCAUCCCAUGUGGUGGGAACUAUUCCAUUUAAACUCAAUAAUCACGAAUUGGGACUGCGAGCUGGUCUCCAAAACGAUCAUAAAGAAUCUAACCAAAUAAAUGGACAAAAUUAUCACUCAAUGAAACGAUUG